AUGUCUUGUGAUGAUCUUUGUUAUAUUUUUUUAAAAUCAAAGCUGAAAACUUCCGCCAAGCGUCAACGAAAUGCCAAGGCCAAUAUUUUACUGGAAGACCUUUUUGGUCAUUUGUCCAUGGAUUCGGAUGGCAGUGAUGGCAAGUAUCCGCAUACAGUACCGCCCACACAACAGGCGAAACAAGGCCAAAAUACGACGGGGUCGGGACGUGAUUUCUUUAGCGAAGGCCUACUGAGACCAGCUCCCAAGAAAAAGACCACUCAAAGUAGCCUGGAGGUGAACAAUGGCAGUCGUACGGAUUCCCUAGCACAAAAUAAGCCACAAAAAGAGAAACCAGCUGCCACAUUUCCCUGGGAUGAGACAAACAAAACGGAAGAUGAAAAACUAACAGCUUGGAUGGUGGCCGAAAAUGGUAAUAACUUCAAUUUUGGUAAUCCACAAGCGUAGAAAUCGGAACAGCACCCAAUCAAGUAGUCAUCAGUAGUAGAGGUAGCCUAAAUAGUAGAAUUACAAAAUUAAAAAGCACCAAGCAAAAAAUAUAAAGAAAUUGGAAUUUGGCACGAGAAACCAAGGAAUUCGGAUUAAUAAAAAUGAAAAUAUUCAACAGGAUCAUUGCUGGAGAACAAAUUUUGAAAGCAUAACAAACAAAAAAAAAAAACAAAGAAGAAAAUUGAAGGAAUUGCCCGUCGUACCUGAAAUAAUACUAAAUGGAAAGAGAUUAAAAGAAAAUCGAUUACAAAAGUGCCUAUGAUAUUCUUUCGAAAUUUAGUUAUUUUCUUUUGCUUCAAAACUGAAUGUAUCCGUCCUUGUAAUGCCUAUCCGUUAAUUGUAACGCUGUGAUAAAUAACUAAACUAAUUUUAAGUAAUAUUGUUUAUGUGAAUGUUAAUGAUAAGCAUUAGUUUUGAUUAAGAACCCUUUAAAAUCUUUCAAAUGUAAAUAUAGAGAUAUCAACAAUCUUA